ACGCCAGGGAGCCACAUCCUGGAAGCCACCACCUUUGGCAAUUCAUGUCCCCAAAUAGUUGAUUGGGGCACUCCUGAUGCCGCCAUAUUCAAUGCCAACACACCCCAUUCGGAGGACUGUCUCUUCCUCAAUCUCUGGGUGCCCCAUCCCCGGCCCUCCACACCAGCUGCUGUCCUUGUCUGGAUCUAUGGUGGCGGUUUUCUUGUUGGCACAGCUUCCCUGGUCAUAUAUGAUGGGGCAUUCUUAGCUGCGACCGAGAAUGUUGUUGUGGUCUCCAUGAAUUACCGUCUGGGAGUUCUAGGCUUCCUUUCCUUACCACCAGCUGCCCCAGGAAACAUGGGCCUGUUGGACCAGCAGUUGGCCCUAAAAUGGAUGAGGGAGAAUGCAGCAGUUUUUGGAGGAGACCCUACUCAGAUAACCAUUUUUGGCGAAAGUGCUGGAGGAGCGUCUGUCAACUAUCACCUCCUCUCACCAGGGAGUCAGCCACUUUUCGACCGUGCUGUGCUGCAGAGUGGAACGGCCAUUGCACCCUGGGCUUGGGUGAGUCCUGAGGAGGCAAAGAGGAAUGCCUUGGCCCUGGCCAAGCUGAUGGGCUGUACAGAAGGUGAGGAAAGGGCCAUAGUGAGUUGCUUGCAGGAAAAGAAAGUGGAAGAAUAUCCAAUACAAACAUUGUUGCUUCAGGAUCGCAAGAGCACUGUGAACUUUCCCACUGUACCAACAACAGAUGGAGAUUUCCUUCCUGAUGACCCACAGAAACUUGUGGAGUCCAGGCGCUUUCAGUCUAAGCCUAUCAUGAUUGGUACCACCUCUGACGAAGGGUCCAUCUUCACCUUCUUUGUUUUUCCUUACUUAAAAGCUUUCAACGAAACAUUUUUGACCUGGGAGCAGCUCUUGGAGGGGCUGAAGAUGAAAGUACGCAAUGCCACAGAAGACUUCAUCCAAUCCAUUGCUCUGAGGUACAUCAAAGCUGAACCAGAGGGUCCAACACAGAACCGUUCCGUCUUGUCCCAGGCCUGGGGUGAUUACCACUUUGUAUGUCCAGCUAACAAAAUUGCCUCAGAGAUGGCAAAGACUGGAAGCCCUGUCUAUGCUUACACUUUCACCCAUCGCAGCAAUGGCUCCAUCUGGCCUGAAUGGAUGGGGUCCAACCAUGGAUCUGAGGUCCCAUAUGUUUUUGGAACUCUGACCUUAUUACCAGGAACCAAUGUAACUCACACAGAGGCAGAGUUAGAGCUAAUCUCCCGAGUGAUGCGAUACUGGGCGGAGUUUGCCCGAAGCGGCAAUCCCACCCCUUCAGAUGACGGUGGGACAAAAUGGCCGCUCUACAACCCUGCAGAGCAGAACUUCUUUCGCAUCGGCACAGAGCCACCUCAAGUUAUGAAGCCCUCACCCGCCCAGCACUGCAGUUUGUGGGAGCCAUUCUUAUCAAAUCAGCCUCCAAAAGACAAUAAGAAGCAAGAACAGUGA